UUAUCAUUACCAUGUAGCAACCAAAAUGGCAACCGUCUUAGACUCAAGACGAAAUUUUAGACCUAAAUCUAACUCUAUAUGCAUUUACUCCCUAACAUCAAGCGAUUUAAAAGAAAUAGCUGAGCUGGAAGAGAAUCAGGCUAAGGAACUGCUAGCAAAGAAACUUGGAAUACCUCCAUGCUUUGAUCCUGAAGACCAACAGAAACCUUUGUUUAUUAGUUUUCUUUAUGAUAAUUUAAAAUUUGCUGCUGGUAAAGGCUUCCACUGGGAACAUGUUCGCUUAGUUUUGAAAUUUGCUCAUGAGUAUCUCAAGAGGAUUUUGGUUGAAAAUCACAAGCUUGUUGAUGCUAUCCAAGACUUAAAGAGUCUUGAAACAAUUUUAGAACCUUUAUCAAGCAGACAAAAGCAGCAGUAUGCAGAUUUUAUACUGGAAACUAUACUCAUGCAUUAUAAUUUAUAUAAAUAUGCUUUUUCAAAUCCAAGGGAUGUCAACACUCAAAAGGUGAGCAAAGUGGUAUUUGUACCAACUAAACCCCUACCUUUAUACAAAGGAAAAGAAGCAGAAAUAUUUGAGUAUGAUGAACAAAUUAAACAGCUUGAUAAUAAAGAAGCUGAAACCAUAUCAACCAUAAAAGAAAAAAUUUCAUAUUUCAAAGAAACCUUGGGUGAACAUAACUUCUCUGAAGAUAUCAAGAAUGUUCCUACCCCUUAUAAUAAAAUGACUUUGGAGGAGUUAGUAAAAAAUGUUCUUGGAGAAAUUGUUGAAAAGAAAGAGGCUGAACUUCAACUUCAUGUUGAACAAACAUUUACAGACCUGAACUUUAAAUGUGAUAAAACUUCUGUCCCAAGGCCUUCAGUGCUAGGUUCUCCACCCAGAUUCAAUCCAAAGCUGCACCUUGUCACCAGUAAACCAAACACAAGUAACAACAGUUUAAAAUCUGAUAAGAGAACCAACACCCCGGCAAUAAAGACUAGAAGAGAGGGCUCUUCUACAUCCAGAAAAUCAGAAAACAAGAAAACUUAAUUGUAUAUUUAAGUGGCCUAAAUUUUAGAUUUUGGUACCUGGAAUAAUGUUAGAUGAGGCAUUUUAAAAAUACAUAUAUAUAUGUAUACUAUCUGUGAUUUAAUUAUACUUAUCGUUAUACUUAGGCACUUAUGUGUAGUUUGGAGUUAAAAAUUAAGGCCACCAUUUCUAAUUUGAAAUAAUAAGAUGAAAAGUUUAUUGGUUUAAUAAGUUUGUUUUUAAAGAGUUUGAACCAUAUAUUAAAAAUAUAUUUGUAAAUUUAUUGAUUUUAAGAAAUUUUAAAACCACAAACUAGUAAUUUCAAACAUUUGCAAAUACCUCUCAGAACAAUCAGAGUAAUUAUGCUUAUAUUAUUUGAGGCUGUUUUUCAUGUUAUAUAAAUGAACUUGUGAUUUUGCUUUGCUCUAAAAUCUAAUGUUUUACAGUUAUUUGUUGAGUUUUCUUUACACUUCUGGCUGCUUAGAUAUCAAUACAGAAUAAAUAAACUGUAAUAAGAUCA